GUACUUCAAAGGACUCCGAAGCAAGCCAGCCAAGCCAAAGCCAACUAGCUCGUAGCCUCAUAGCCCACCUACUUCAGUUUCUGAGCAUCGGAGCACAAUGUGGAAGCUGAAGAUUGCAGAGGGAGGGAGUCCAUGGCUGCGUUCAGUGAACAAUCACACUGGCAGGCAGGUCUGGGAGUUCGAUCCUAAACUUGGAUCGCCAGAGGAACUUAUGGAGAUUGAGAGAGCUCGCGAAACUUUCCACAAAAAUCGCUUCCACAUGAAGCAUAGCUCUGAUCUUAUGAUGCGCAUUCAGUUUGCAAAAGAGAAUCCAAGAGAUGUGGCCUUACCCCAAGUCAAAGUCAAAGAUACAGAGGAUAUUACUGAGGAGACAGUGACGAGAACAUUAAGGAGAGCCAUACGUUUUCAUUCAACCUUACAGAGUCAUGAUGGACAUUGGCCAGGAGAUUAUGGAGGUCCCAUGUUUCUUUUGCCUGGCUUGGUAAUUACUCUGUCUGUCACUGGUGCGUUAAAUGCGAUCUUAUCUGAAGAACAUAAAAAGGAAAUGUGCCGUUACCUCUACAAUCAUCAGAACGAGGAUGGUGGCUGGGGAUUGCAUAUUGAAGGUUCAAGCACCAUGUUUGGUACUGUUUUAAGUUACAUAACUCUCAGAUUGCUUGGUGAAGGAGCAAAUGAUGGAGAAGGGGCCAUGGAGAAAGGCCGUGAUUGGAUUCUAGAGCAUGGUGGUGCUACUUAUAUAACAUCAUGGGGGAAGAUGUGGCUUUCAGUUCUUGGAGUAUAUGAAUGGUCUGGAAAUAAUCCCCUUCCACCUGAGAUAUGGCUUCUUCCAUAUGUUCUUCCAUUCCAUCCAGGAAGAAUGUGGUGUCACUGUCGGAUGGUCUAUUUGCCAAUGUCUUACUUGUAUGGGAAGAGGUUUGUUGGUCCAAUCACACCAACAGUACUGUCUUUAAGGAAGGAGCUUUAUACAAUUCCUUAUCACCACAUAGAUUGGAAUCAGUCACGUAAUUUGUGUGCUAAGGAAGACUUGUACUAUCCUCACCCGCUUGUGCAGGAUAUUCUCUGGGCAUCACUUCACAAGGUUGUUGAGCCUAUAUUGAUGAGUUGGCCUGGAAAAAAGCUGAGAGAAAAAGCUAUUAAGACAGCAAUUGAGCACAUACAUUAUGAAGAUGAGAAUACUCGUUAUAUUUGCAUAGGGCCAGUAAAUAAGGUGUUGAAUAUGCUCUGCUGUUGGGUGGAAGAUCCAAAUUCAGAAGCCUUCAAGCUUCAUCUUCCAAGGAUCUAUGAUUAUCUAUGGAUUGCUGAAGAUGGCAUGAAAAUGCAGGGAUACAAUGGAAGUUCGCUGUGGGAUACUGCAUUUGCUGUCCAAGCAAUUAUUUCUACUAACCUCUCUGAAGAAUAUGAGGAAACACUCAGAAAAGCACACGUGUACAUUAAGAAUUCACAGGUUUUAGAAGAUUGUCCUGGUGAUCUUAAUUAUUGGUAUCGUCAUAUUUCAAAAGGUGCUUGGCCAUUUUCAACCGCAGAUCAUGGAUGGCCUAUUUCUGACUGCACAGCUGAAGGAUUAAAGGCUUCUCUUUUGUUAUCCAAAAUGCCACGAGAGGUUGUUGGUGAGCCGUUGGAUGCUAAGAGAUUCUAUGAUGCUGUUAAUGUCAUUCUCUCAAUGCAGAAUGCAGAUGGUGGUUUUGCAACGUAUGAACUCACUAGAUCUUAUGCAUGGUUGGAGAUUAUUAAUCCUGCUGAAACUUUUGGUGACAUCGUUAUUGAUUAUCCCUACGUAGAGUGUACAUCAGCAGCAAUACAAGCUUUGAGGUUAUUUAGCAAGUGGUAUCCUGGUCAUCGCAGACAGGAAAUAGAACAUUGUAUCGAAAAAGCUGCUGCCUUUAUUCAAGAAAUGCAAAAUUCAGAUGGUUCAUGGUAUGGCUCGUGGGGGAUUUGCUUCACAUAUGGUGCAUGGUUUGGACUAAUUGGGUUGAUUGCUGCUGGAAAGGACUUCAAUAAUUGCUCUAGUGUCCGUAAAGCUUGUGAAUUUCUGCUGUCUAAGCAGCUUCCUUCUGGUGGCUGGGGAGAAAGUUAUCUCUCUAGUCAAAACAAGGUGUAUUCAAAUCUGGAAGGAAACAGGUCUCAUUUAGUAAAUACAGGGUGGGCUAUGCUGGCUCUCAUUAGUGCUGGACAGGCUACAAGAGAUCCAACGCCAUUGCACCGUGCUGCCAAAUAUUUGAUAAAUUCCCAAAUGGAGAAUGGUGACUUCCCACAACAGGAAAUCAUUGGAGUCUUCAAUAGGAAUUGCAUGAUCUCUUACUCUGCAUACAGAAACAUAUUCCCCAUCUGGGCACUGGGAGAGUAUCGAAAUCAUGUAUUGCAAGCUCAAUAAUCUCCCUCAAUCUGAUUGUGAUCCCAAACAUAUCUAAUUUUAAUCUCUUAGUUGGCUUCUUUAUUAGCUUAUAAAUGGUGAUGGAUGCAUCUGGAAGCCAAGCAAACUCUUUUGAUGUUCGGUGAGUUUUGUUUUUUCUUUUUCACAACUUUCCAAGAGAAAUUGGUCCCGAGCUCUCGGACUUGCCUUUUAUAUUGACUUGGGGGAAGCCGAUACCCAAUAUAAUGCUGGUCGAAUGUUGGGAAAAUGAAAGUCUACAUAGAGGAGCUUGAAGACAGUUAGGUGGCUUUGACAUGGGAGAAGGAAGAGGUCAGGAGGAGGAUGGAAAGUUUCUACUUGUGAUAGAGGGAGUCCUAUGCCUAAUUGAUGAGCGGUCUCUGUGGUUUCACCUUCAUGAGGUUUGUGGUGCAACCGCCACUGGAUGAUCCGUGCUUUUUUGAAGUUAAAAGCUAUGGAAACUCUUUGCUGUGCGAUGAAUGUGAUGUGUUAGGGUCCAAAGUGUUGGGGGGUUUUUUUUCCUGAAAAAAAAGAGAGUAAAAAUGCCCGCCCACCUGGUAUGGACACGAGAUCUGUGUGAUUGCAUCAGCAUGAACAUUAGGGUUUUGAGUAUCUUAUUACAGUUUCUAGACCUAGAACGUCCUAGUGUAGUCUUAGUAUUUUAGUCUUUUCGUACUUGUGUCAAGUCAGCAAGUCUAGUGAAAUAUUUGGGACUAUAUUUACUUUUGAAGGAUUUUUAUUUUUCUGGCCAAUAA